AUGCCCUCUCCCCCGUCGGCCGAAGCCUCCUCUGAUUCCUUUUUCCCUCUGCAAAUCCGCUCUCCCCGCAAUCCCCGUGCCAUCUCCAUGAGCACGCCUACAACCGACGACGACCAAGUAUCAGUCAAUCCCACGGCGCAAAGAGAAGGAAUUGACAGGCUGCGAGACGAAUUGCUCAAGCGGACGACAGAAGAGGCUCUCUGGUCGCCAGAUCAAGGUGCCCUUGGACAAAAGCCCGUUGUGGUUGAUGUCGGGUCGGGGCAGGGACCAAAGAACCGACAUCGCCAUCGCCGCCAGAUGUGGUUCAGAAGCUCCAUGCCUUCGUUUGUCACUGUCAACAACAACGUUUCACUCAUCAGCAUCACCGUCGCGCCAAAUAUCGUUCCGCAUUCCGCGCUUCACUUUGCCAAGGCUCUCUUCACUGCCUCCUCUGUCUGCACUAUCAGCCCCUCGGCGUGGGAGAGCAUAUACUGUCGACAGGCCUCUGCCCGCUCUCCCGCAAAGUCGCCAACUACUCUGCCAGGAAUGACAUCAACGACAGCAGACGAGGUCGAUCCCCUGGACGGCCUCGACGCAUCCUUGCGGGAUUUCGAACCUCCAGUCAGUCCGAUUUCCAUGCGCCAGCCGUCAGCGCCCACAAGCGCGUCGGCGACGGAGGAUCCCGAAGAUUCAGACAUCGUUUCAGCCGAUGGGUACUCGCCGCCGGCAUGGCGGAGGCUCGGCAACGGCGACCGUAGCAGCGGCUUCUGGAAGCGGGACCCCCGUAGAUCAAAGCGCCGGCCGCAUUUCAGCAGAGAGACAUCACCGGGCUCGGAUGUGGACGACUCGGAGGGCGACCAUGUUCUUCAGCGGGCCAUUCGAACGAGGUUGCCGGCGGGAAGCCAGAGUCCCGACAAGAGACGAAGCCCAAGCCCAGAAAGACGUGAAGAUGUGAGGUUGAAGUUGGAAAGCAAGAGUCCUGAAGCCGAGACUGUGAGAAGGCGCUCGCAUUCGCCAGCACCAGAUAAUUAUUUUCGCUUCGCCGUUCGUGCGGAAGUCCAACAACGAACAAAGCUUAUAGAAGCCGCCGUGUUGUUCAUACAGCGACGCUGUCGAGCACUAACCAAGAGCUGGGCGUCGAUCGUUUCCGGCAUCCUGUUCGCCGUUCUCUCCAUAUCAGCCCUCGAGGUGUUGGUGAAGCCAGCUGCACCGCGACCAGUCGGCGAUCUAGUCAAAGUUGCCGGGAUAGCCCGCUCCUUCGAGCCCCUCAUCUACUUCUCGGAGCCAGCCGUCGCCCAUGUCAAGGACCUUCAGUCCACGAGUAUCGCAGUCUGGGACCUGGCCGAGUCUGUGCGAGUGAGCGGCAUGUCUGACGCGGACAUCAUUGUUGACAAUCUAGAUUCCAUCAGCGAGGCCAUGAAGAAGCUUGUGCUUGAGCUGACCAAGUUCCAUACCCACGUUGACGGCGACAUCGACAGUAUCCUCAGCGUAAUGGAAUGGGUAAAGAUGCACCUUGACCGUCUUAACUCCCGCCCGCCCCCUUCCUCCCUCUCCCACGCCUACGACAACAUCCACAACUUUCUCACCACCACAGCCGUCCUCGAAGACGUCCAUGGCCAGCCAACGCGCCUUGGCCGCCUCACAACCUCGGUGUUCGGCGUGUCCAACCCCCAGCGCGAACAGCGCAUGGUUCAAGUCCUCUUCAACAGCUUCCUCUCCACACUCGAAGAAGCCAUCCAAGCCGAGCUCGAGAACUCCGUCUCUCUCUUCGCCCUCUUCGACGACAUUGACGCGCACUUUCUCAAGCUCGCCCGCACAGUCGCCCACGAGACCUCGGCCCAAGAGGAGUUCCAAGCCGAGCUUCUUUCCGGCUUGUGGGCGCGCAUUCUCGGGCCCCGAGCCACUGAACUGCGCAAGUUUGAAAAGAACCGCGCCCUGCUGCACGACGUUCGGCACAAGACUGUGCGCAACAAGAGCAACCUGGUCGGCCACCACGGCAAGUUGCUCACCUUGAAAUCGUCCCUCGAGAGUCUGCGCGGCAAAUUGGCCAGUCAACUUGUCCGGGGCCUCAACUCGUCCACCCUGACCCUGGACGAUCAGAUACAAGGCGUUGUUCAAGUCAGAGACUACUUGUCUGAUGUGAGGAGUCAGCAGAAGACCAAAGUCAUGGAGACGCUGUAUUCUAUUGAUAGGAGCCGCAAGUAUAUCCAUCAUGAGAUUGACAGUGGCCGUGACAUUGACGCUGGGCCCAUGUAA